UUUUUCUUCAGAUUUCAGUCUCUUCUUUUCCUUCUUUGAACUUAUAUCGGCUGCUGUGGCUGCCUGCUGCCAAGUUUCCAAGUUUCUCUUUUUAUACAAGCAAGAUUUUUAAUAAAAUAUAUAGUGUUACUGGUGAGAGUAUAAAACAGAAAGGAGAAAAAAAAAUGAGAUCAAAUCAUUCAUCGACCAAGAACACUCUCACGCCAUUUCCAAAGGUGUGGCGCACGCAGGGAAAAACCCAUAAAAAUCAAAUGGGUUUCGUGUUGGAUGCUUUUUUGAUUUCUCGCAGUUGACAGGGAUGAAUUGCAAUCGGGAUAAAGCUGCGGAUUCCUGAUUUUGAAUUUGAAAGUUCCAAUCUUUAGGCCAUCCUGCCGAAAAAAAGCAAAAGAAAAUGACUUCUAGUGCUUCCGAAAGCAGCGUGGUCCAAAUGGGAAAGCUCGCGGUACACAUAGCUGAGAACGGCCACUCGUACGAGCUGGACUGUGAUGAAUGCACUCCUGUCGAGUCCGUGCAGAAGUACUUAGAAUCACUCUGCCGAAUACCUGUCAACGAUCAGCUCCUCUUGUGCGGCGCGGACACAAAACUCGAACCCCACUGCCAGCUGUCAGCCUACAAACUCCCUGCCGAAGGCCGCGAAGUGUUUCUAUUCAAUAAAUCGAGAAUGCGCAGUAGUUCACCACUUCCUCCACCCGAGCAAAUCGAGAUCAUCGACAUCCCAAACCCAUCCUUAUUGUCCCCUUCAAAAAAUGCCCAUCCGUUAGAUAAUUCCGCAGACCCCGCCUUAAAGGCCCUGCCCUCAUACGAGAGGCAGUUUAGGUACCAUUUUCAGUGUGGGAAUGCAAUUUACAGCCGAACUCAUGCUAAAUUUGAUGUGUGUGGAGGGCUGCUGCGUGAGCAGAGGGUUCAAGAACGGGCAUUAGAGAUUGCGAGGGGUAAUUUGGAGUUUUUCUACAAGAUUGUGCUCCAGACUUACGCGGACUUCAUGAAGUGUUACUCCCAGCAGCACCGUGGGCACACGAGCCUGCUGGCUAAUUUUGGGAGGGAUAUGGAAAGGCUGAGGUCUGUGAAGCUUCAUCCCUCUUUGCAAACAGGUAAUAGGAAGUGCCUGCUCGAUUUCGUGAAGGAGGAGAAUCUGAGGAAGGUUGUGGAGGACUGUGGGAACUCGCAUAGGCAGUUUGAGAAUAAGGUUUCGGAAUUUAAGCAGGAGUUUGGAGAUUUGAAGCGGAAUGUGGAGAAUUUGUUUACGGCGGGCCAGGGCUGGUAUCUUGUCAAGGAAAUGGAUAUGGCACUGAAGGAGCAUCAACACGUUGUUAAUGAGCAGAAGAGUAUAAUGCAAGCUUUAAGCAAAGAUGUGAACACUGUAAAGAAACUCGUGGACGAUUGUCUCUCGGGCGAGCUCGAGCUGUCAUCUUCCUUGCGUCCUCACGAUGCCGUUUCUGCAUUGGGUCCCAUUUACGACAGCCACGAGAAAAAUUACCUUCCGAAGAUGCAAUCGUGCGAUAGCGCGAUCUCCAGUCUGCUCGAUUUCUGCAGGAACACAAAAAACGAGACGAACAUCUUCGUUCACAACUACAUGCAGAAGGUCACAUACAUACAGCACACCAUUAAAAACGUACGGUACAAGUUCUCUGUUUUCCAGGAGGCCCUAAAUCGCCAAAACGAGCAAUUUCACCACUUAAAAGUGGUGCGUGGGAUAGGGACUGCAUACAGGGCUUGCCUUGCCGAGGUCGUGAGGAGAAAAUCCGAGAUGAAAAUCUACAUUGGCAAAGCUGGGCGAUUGGCCGAGAAGCUCGCAACCGAGAGGGAACUCGAAAUCGGGAGGCGUGACGAGUUUUCAAAAGUGCAUAGCACUUUUAUUCCUCGGGACAUUUUAGCGUCAAUGGGAUUGUAUGACACUCCCAACCCAUGUAAUGUCAAUGUGACCCCCUUUGACACUAGUCUGCUCGACAUAGAACUUUCGGAUAUUGACCGUUUUGCCCCUGAGUCUGUGUUGGGAGUUUCUUGCCGGAGUGGAUUUUCCAGGGCUUCGAAUUCGGGCGAAAUUGAAGCUAGCGCGGCUGGCUUUAACGACGAGUGUGAUUUCGGGUUGUCGAUCGAGAAUGCGAAACUCAAGGCAGAGCUCGCGUCUAAAAUCGCAUUGUUGUGCUCCAUGAGUGCUGAGCUGGAUUAUGAAUCACUCGACGAGAGUAGGUUGGAUAACGUGCUAAAGAUUGCGGCUGAUAAGACAUCCGAUGCCUUGCAUUUGAAAGAGGAGUACGAGAAACGGCUCGAGUCUGUGCUGAAAGCCAAACAGAUGCAGUGCGAGUCUUACGAGAAGCGGAUUCGUGAACUAGAGCAGAGAUUAUCUGAUCAGUAUGGGAUUAUUAAGCUUAAAAAUGACGAGGAUGCAUCAGAACGUUCUGGAGUUUCAACUGCAAAGACUGACGAUAACAAGUCAGAAGUAUUGGAAGAGGGAUUUGGUGGGUCGAGCUCAUUAAAGUCCGGGCUUGAUAAUAAUAUGGCAGAUUCGUCUAUGAUGCUAAAUCCUCAGUUGGAUUCAUCAAUGGUGGAUUUACAGAUUGAUAAUGGACAAACUUUUGACCAAGAUAAUAAGAAAGGGAGGUUAGUGGGUGAUGAAGACAUGGUACUGGCUUCAAGUAAUAUGGCUGUUAGCAUGUCACAGCCAUAUGAAUCGGGUUUGGAUGCUAAGUUAAGUGAUGCCUUUGUGAUUGAAUUGCAAAAAGACCUAGAUAAGAAAUCGAGUCAAUUAGAGAUUGCGGAACUGAAGAUCGAAGGAUUAGUGGAUGAGGUUUCGAAGCUUGGGAAGGAGCUGGAGAUGAGUCAGAAGCUUCUUGAUGAAUCUCAGAUGAAUUGUGCUCAUUUGGAGAACUCUCUACAUGAAGCAAGAAAGGAAGCCCAAACCAAUCUUUGUGCUGCUGAUCGUAGGUCUUUGGAAUAUAGCUCAUUGCGGAUCUCUGCUGUCAAAAUGCGUGGGCAUUUUGAAAGGCUUAAAAAUUGUGUUUUGUCAGCUGGGGUGGCAAAUUUUUCCAAUUCUUUGCAUGAUUUAGCUCAAUCUAUAGGCAGUGUUGCCGAUGGAAGUGAAGAUGACGGUACAGCCGAGUUCCGUGAGUGUCUUUGUGUGCUUGCUGAUAAAGUUGGUGUUUUGUUGAGACAGCGUGCUGAGUUACUCGACAGGCACUCCAAAAUCGAGGCUGCAAACGAACAGCUUAGUAAGGAGCUAGAUGAAAAGAGUGAGUUGGUCAAUACUCUUUACUUCAAGCAUCAACUAGAAAAAAAGCAGGCGAACAAAGAGAAGAUAUCUUUCGGUCGGCUUGAAGUCCAUGAAAUAGCCGUUUUCAUUUUAACCUCCACUGGCUUUUACGAGGCGAUCAACCAUAACAACUCUUACUAUUUUCUUUCGUCCGAGUCUUUGGCCUUAUUCACUGACAACCUCACUAGCCAGCCCAACUACAUAAUCGGCCAAAUUGUGCAUAUUGACCGGAGGACUGUCAAGUCAACACCUUCAUUGACUUCCGAACGAGCUGGCGACACCAAGGACCGAGUUGACUUUCUGACUUCGGAGUCAACACCGUUAGAAAAUCCAUAUGGGCUUACGGUCGGGUGUGAAUAUUUCGUAGUUACCAUAGUCAUGUUACCCGACACGAUUCAUUCGCCUCCUUCCUGA